CAAUUUAUUUGUCAGUGGCUGUGCGGUCUACACAGGGCGUGCUGGGGCAUUAGAAAUGACCAUAGUUAAUAGCGACUCUUCGGUCGUAAGCCAGUGAAUAUCCAGUGAAGUUAGGCUUGUAAAUCGAGCGUUCGGCGGGGAUUUAGAGCCCCCAUCCUUGUGAGGGGAAAGGAUUCUUUACUCGAAAUGUUGAUCGAUUCGAUGGAAGGCAAUGGACAUUGCAGGGACUUAAACGUGCUUUAAUUGUUUUGUGAGAGUCGAGCAGUGCGACGCGAUGGAGUUGUUGUGCGGCGUGGGCAAGCCUCAGCGGCGCUCUGGAUGGGAGUCGGCGUGGGGGCGGGCCAGCGCGGGCAAAGGCGCCCUCAGCAAGGAGGACCCGUGGGGCAUCAAGCGCUCUGCCACCAUGCCACUCUCCGGCACUGGCUUGGCCCGGGGCGGAGCCCUGCGAGACUCUUCUCCUCAAGCUCACCGCCGCCAUCUCCUACCUUCGACGCUGCCGUCUGCCACCGCCGCCCGCCGCGCCAGCCGCGACCCCUACAGAGAGCCUCUGUGUCCGACCGACGCCUCUAGAGGCACUGGUGAAGAUGUGGUCAUCGUUGAUGACAUAGGGGAACCUGGUGCCUUGCGAAGGUCGCAGACACUGCCGAUGGGUGCCUUCAGGAAACCCCCGACGUGCCUUAGCGGCGCAACGGCCCCGUUCCAGCGCGAGGGUGGGAUGCGACGACGGGGCUCUGUGUCCCGAGAGGCCCCCGGCCAGAAUGGGGGAGGGCCGCCGACAGAAGACGAAACGCCAGCUGCGGGCGCGCACGCCGAGCAAAGGACCGAGAAUGAGUCUGGAAGAAUAGGCGGCGACGAGCGGCCAAUCGCCCAAGCUCCUGACGGGGCGGACGACGGCGCGCUCCCCUUCGAGAACCCUUUCCGAAGGACCCUCACGCUGCCCCCACGGGCCAUGUGCAGACGGUGCCCGACCCAAAGGACUAGUGAGAGACGGAAGGUGUCAUACGUGCAUUCCAAAACCGAACCCGACAAAGAGAACGUGAACAGCACUAACGUGGUCCUUCCGAGCGACGCGCCCUACGGCACUAGGACGGCGCCCGCCUGGAGGGGCAAGCGCAACUCCACGUCCUCCACGGGGUCGGGCCUGUCGCGCUUCACGUCCACGACCACCACGGAUGAGGGCGUGUGCCUGUACAGCGAGGGCGGCAGCGUCACCUCCUCGUCCGCAUACGGCAGCGUCCGCGGCGGGGCGUGGAGUGCCAGCAGCGUGGACGAGGGCGUGAGCAUGUACAGCGCCCCGUCCGUAGCUUCGUCGGCUGACUUGAGUUCGGCCUCCAGCCUGUACGAGCGGGCGGGAGCGCGACCCAAGCUGCGACUCGGGCCGUCCGCGCGAGGGAUCUUCCACAAGAUAGCCAGCGAGGACGACGACGAGAAGUGCCACCGGUGCCAGCGCGAGGCCGCGGGCGGCGCGUCCACUCUACGCCGCGCCCGCAGCCUCCGCUCCCCGCGGCACCUCCCCGUCACGCCGACUCUCCUCAAGCUGUUGCAGUUGGUACGUUCCGAGACUGAGGUUUCCUCUUCCCUUCCGUGGAGCUGCUUCACAGAGCUUCCAGACAGCUUCACUCUCGUGCUGGGUCUGGAACAAGUGGGCGGCAAUGUGGGCGUCGCCGCAGUCCAGCGCCGUGAGAAGCCCCAUCCGCCCAGGAUCGACGCCCACCGCUUCUCCAGAGCGAAUCUCGAGGAUUCUGGUGACGUGGAACUGGAUGCCAUCCUUGGGGAACUCUGUGCACUGGAGACACAGUUUGAAUUUGAGAUCACAGCCAAGAACUCGACAUCUGCAUCCAACCUGAACACUACCACACCCAGAUCUACCUCUGGAACAGACAAAAUGCAACCCAAGCAACAGCAGCAGCAGCAACAGCCCCAGCCCCAGCUACACCCACAGUCGCAGCAGAGGCACAGUCACUCUCGCAGCAACUCUGGAAACACGAGACAAAAAUUUGAGCCUCUGAAUGUGGAUGUUGAUGUUACUACCAACACCAUGGGUAGGUGUCAAGCACGCACUGACAGCCCAGACAACGACUCGGCAUUUAGUGACAAUGUUUCUAUGCUGUCAUCAGAGAGCUCUGCUUCAAGUGGUGCCUCUGGAAGUGCUGGCUCAAGGCAUGAUGCAGGCAAACAUACCUCACAGACCCUUUUCCUGACUCUACCUCAACUGGCUGACCUACUAAAGGAUUGUGGGUUGAAUGAGGUUGAACAGGCAGCAAAACUUAAAGCAGAGAAAAUCAAGAUGGCCUUGGAGAAAAUCAAGGAAGCUAAUGUCAAAAAGUUAUUCAUUAAAGCUUUUACAUCAGAUGGUUCAACCAAGUCUUUAUUAGUUGAUGAGAAGAUGACAGUAGCAUUUGUAACAAGGCUGUUAGCUGAUAAGAACCAUGUACGGAUGGAUCCUAAGUGGGCAGUUGUGGAACAUAUACCUGACCUUUAUAUGGAACGAAUUUAUGAGGACGAUGAGAUGUUGGUAGAAAACCUCUUGCUGUGGACUAGAGAUAGUAAGAAUAAGUUGCUCUUUCUAGAAAGGCCUGAUAAAUAUGAUUUAUUUUUGAGGCCUGAGCAGUAUAUCCUCAUUGGAUCAUCAUCGCAGAAGCACUCUGAUAUGGAUGAUGAUGGAAGGAAUACCCUGAUUGAGGAAUUCUUCUCAAGCACUGGUGUAGGUGUUCCAGAAGUAGAAGGGCCAUUGUUCUUGAAGUCAGAAGGGAAGAAGGUCUGGAAGAAAUACUAUUUUGUCCUCCGUGCUUCGGGGCUUUACUACUGCCCAAAGGGAAAGUCUUCUAGAUCUUCAAAAGAUCUUGUCUGCCUUACAACACUGGAAGUGAAUCAGGUUUAUUAUGGUGUUGGAUGGAAGAAAAAGUACAAAGCUCCAAGUGACUGGUGUUUUGCCAUCAAGCAUCCACAUCUACAAGCAAAGAGCAGCAAGUACAUAAAGUACCUUUCUGCUGAGGAUCCCCGUACAUUGGCUCAGUGGGUGAUGGGCAUAAGAAUUGCAAAGAGUGGAAGAAGAUUACUGGAUAACUACCGAUCUCUCAUGGAAGACAUUGCACAAGAAGAUAUUGACAUGCUCGCCUCCUCUAGGUCCUUCAGCAUUGCAUCAAUGGCAGGCCAGAGUGGUGUUGGGGGAAGCUCACAAGGCCCAUCACAGGCCACAACUCCUUCCUCAGAGUCCCAGUCUUUAGAUUCUUGCUUGGCCCCAAGUCUUACCCCAAGUGUUGUUGAUGGUGAUGAAGGAGGAGAAGAUGCCCAUUCCUCUACUGGAUCCUCUUCACAAGACACACCAGUCAAUACUCUUGGUCGACCACCAGUCUGGCGCCAGGAUAGUCUCAAGAGUGGAUCUUCGAGUAGCUCAAGUGGUUGUUUAAGUGAAAGAUCAUCAGCUGGCACACCCACAGGUGAACACGGGUUUGAGUCCGAGUUUCCUCAGGGAACCAUUAAGAGGAAACCAUCCAGCAAUCCAAAGCUACCCUUGACCACCACAACAAGAUUACUGGUUAAAGAAGUUGAUGGUGAGGAUGUAGUGGACACAGCGUCAAACAGAGGCACAGCUGGACGGCAGAGUUUGAGACGCUCUCUCACAGAGGAAGUGAAUACUUUACGGAGACGAAAUUCAGCUACUCAGUCACGUAGCAGUGUAAACAGCAGUUCAUCUAGUAGCAUACUGAAUACUAGCAUGGGAAGUCCUGUGCCUCAGGAAGAAGAGAUGGACAGCUUACCCCUUCCACCUCCCCCACCUGAACUAACAGAACCUUGUGCCAUGGAAUUAUUACCACCGCCUCCCCCUGAAUUGCUGGCAUCCACACUCAGCCUUAAUUCUCUUCCACCUCCUCCUGAUGAAGCUUCUCUGCCACCUAUAAAUCCAGAAGAUCUCAUGAUGGCUAGCAUUACCUCUCUGCCACCUCCACCACCUCCUAGUCCACCUAAGCCAUCUAGUCCACCAAAUGCAGGUGCAGCACCACCCCCACCUCCACAUGCAGUUUUACUAACUUCACAAGAACCUGGAGCACCACCACCACCACCUCAUGGCCUUCCCUUACCACCUCCUACCACUCCCAAACCAAAUAAAACUAGAGGUCCAGGUUCUCCAGUUUACCAAACUGCUGGUUCACCUGUUUAUCAGUCAGCUGGCUCACCUGUAUAUCAGGCUGUCACACCUCCAGCUGUUGCACCCAAACCACGUCGUGACUCAAGUGAGUCUGCCACUUAUGCUUCACCUCCAUAUUUAGCUGAAUUACGUGCUCACAGUGCUCAUGUUCCAUCAAACACAAAUGUACCCCCUCACAAAAAUGGUUGGCAUCCUGAAUCCCCAUUGCCACCACCUCCACCUUCACCUCCACCACACCAGCCUGUUUAUGCACAGCCACAAAGGAGUCCACAGAAGAAAGUUAAGAGGAUUACCUUCGUAGAUGAUGUUCAGGAUAUUCCACCAGCGCCUGAAUCUCCAACGACAAAACCUCCCCUUCCAAGACGGUCUGAAUCAACAAGACUCUCAAAUCCAGGCCGUUUAGACAGUCCAGGAAAUAAGAUCACUCCCCCAAGAUCUUUCCUAACCAGCUUACAAAGAGUUAUGCAGAAAAAAUGGCAAGUAGCACAAAAGUGUAAAGACUUUGAUAAAAUGCCCCAUGAAGUUUUAGGAUUUAGAGAUCCUGUACUUCCUAGUGAAACAGAACGUAAUGUAGGAGCCUGGAUCCAGGAACAUUAUGGCAGCCUAUAUGAAAAUCUUUCUCCUCAUGGCUCACCUCCCCAACCCAGUGCAGAUACGGUAGAUAUGCCAAGACCAAUUGCCAGCCAUACCUUGCAACCUUCACCCCCCCCUCAUGCUGAGGACCUGAACAGACUCUCACAGACUAUGCCUGGAAGGAAAAAGCCUCCCCCUCCUCCACCAAAGAGGUCAGACUCAACCCACUUGAGUACACGACAAUGACGACUGCGACGCUAGUGGCCACCUGUCUUGUUAAGCAUUACCCCACUUGCACCUGAAAGGAGGCUUAGUGUUAUUAUAUAUGUAAGAUUGUUACUUAAUGAAUGUUGCCAUGGUUCACAGAACCCUUAAUUAUGGUUGGGCUAUGUUAGAACAAUGGUGAUAUGCCGGUGCUGAUGAAGUGGCGGUGUCGAGGGGGACGGCCUUCUCACCGACCUUUACUGCAUGCCUCCAGUCAAACUGGUAAAGGCAGUCGUCAUGACUUAAGAAGUCAUUAGUAUAAUAUUUCCAUUUGAAUAUGAAAUUAUAUUUCUUAAUGUCCCUAUUGAUGUAAAGUACCUUUGAUUUUAGCAUUAGGGAAAUUCCUUGUUACAUGUAUUGUGGUGAGCAAAAUGAUGGUUUCUUCCAAUGGUGCUACAAUGUGGGCUGGUCAUUGGACAGUAAUGGAGAGGUGCCCAGAAUCAGCUUGAACCUAGUUACUGUUGGCAUUCAACUAACUAGCUUGACCAUGUAUAUUUCUAGCAUAUGCAGAUAGCUAGUAAGGCUUGCAGCUAUUGGUCAUAGCCAGAAAGUUGGCAUGGGUUGCCCCCAUAAGAAACCUGCUCUCACAUUUACAUGGUACCAGUAACUAAAGGUCAUCCAGUUACACCAGCAGUAUCACCAAGCAUCAGCAUUGAUAGUCAGUGUUUAAGCAUGAUGGAGUUUACUCUGUCAGUGGCCUAUAUCGACUUAAUUACAGAUAAGAAACAAGUAUUUUAUUUGGUCAAUGCUGACUGCUUUUCUGUUUGUUUAGGAAAAAAAAACAAGUAGCUUAAGUACUUGGUGGUAUUGACUUUAUGUUUUGACCAGUUAGUUAUGAAACCAAAUGUGUAAAAGUGUAUAUUGUACAUUGAAUAUGUUUUUUUGUAUUUUUUGUAAAGAUGUUAACACUGUCCCUAGAGCCUUGUGGCUGUAGGAUGGGCAGGAGUUUUUUACCAUUUUUACUGUAACAAUUUAUUUUUAUGUUUUAAAGUGUUUGAUAAUGUGCAUAAGAAAAUUUUCCUUGCUUUUCUUUGACUAGUAUCUCUAAUGUUUCUAUGUGCAAUUAUGGGUCUUGAAGAAGAAAAAAAAAAAAGAAUUGUAAUCAGCUGGAAGAAAGAAUUUUAUAUGUAAAAAGCUAAGAGCACAUUAACCUGCCUGCCAGAUUUCAUUUUAUGUAAAAUAGAUCCAUCCAUAUUAUUAUAUUAUGCCACAAACUUCGUACUUUGAGGGGUUCUAGUACUUCCAACCAUGCUUUGAAAAUCUUUUUCAAAGGGAAUAUUAAUAUUGAGACCAGACCUUUAUAUCUUGUAUUAUGAUAUUUACAAAGAUUUGAUGAUACUGCAGUUCAAUAUUCAGACAAGAGCUAGGAGUUAUGUGAGCUGUGUAGUUACGUCUCUUAUGAAACCCAGAUGUCUGAUUUUGCGAGUGUGAAGGAGUAUCUCUUGUAAUUUGUUUUUUGUUGUUUAUGAGAGAUUGAUUUAGACUAUGUAUUAUUUAUUAUAAAUAUUGCUAGAUAUUGUAAAUGUAUCAAUUAUUUAUUACAAACAAAUGAAUAUUAUUUUGUCCUUACCUAUAAACUUACUAUUUGAGUUUAUGACUAUGAAAUCAAGAAUUGGUAUAUAUAUUUUUUUUUUUUUUUUUUUUUUUUUUUUUCCCCUCCAAUUUAUGGACUGGUAAAAGAUGUCAGUUGCAAAUAUUCUAUUGCUGAAUUGUAAAUACAUCCCAACAUUCUAGAAACUUCUGGUGUUGGUAAUUGACUGGGGAGGUAUUGAAACAGUGCAAAUGCUCUUUCUGUUUUUCUUAAUGAGUGGCGCUAGUAGUUAUUAUUAAAGAAAGAUCUUUAGGUUUGGUCUCAGUAAAAAGAUGUAUCAGUUAUAUCUGAGCACUUUUCUUCUUUCUGCCAUCAUUAGUGAAGUUAAAAUAGUUAAAUUGUUGUCAUCUGUUUUCGUACAGUAUGUCUUACUGAUGAGAAUUUUAUUUCAACUAAUCACUGUCAAUUUGUUAUGGAUGUACCUUUGAAAACGUUUCAAGUUAGGUACUUACACUAAAAUGAGAAGUCAACACAUAAGCAUCAAGACAAAGAGAACUGAAUUAUGGUAUAGACCUCAGCAGUAAGUAUGUAUUUGUCUUUUCCAUCUGCUUGAUGCUUCAGUAGCGAUUAUAUACAAAAAAGUGUGGGCGACUUUUCUGGGUCCUAUGUAAAUCUACAAAAUUUUGAACAUAUACAUAUAUAUACAUUUAUAUAUAUAUUUAUUCUCUGAGGGAUUAAGUACAUCUUUUGGUAACUGCAGUUAAUAUUUUUCAGUAUAUAAAGAGGUUGACUUGCAUGAAUUAAAUGAAUACAUGUAAUCCAAAAAGCUGUAAUGAAUAUAACAUUUUAUUGAAGCCAUGACCUUAGAUAUUGCAUACCUUGCAGUAUGAAAUAGUGUAAAUGUUGUGGCUAGAUGAAACAUGUUCCUGUUUGUUUCAGAAAUAUAAGCUUCACUCCAUUAUGUAUUCCAAAGGCAGUCACAUCAGCAGCUUUUCUUUUCUUCGGUUUAUCGAUUAUGUAAACAUAUACUUGUAUUAUAAUUCUUGUUUUUUUUUUGUGUAGGUUUUGUGUAGCUAAUGUCUUACUUUCAUUAGUGUUUUAUGUGCUAUUCUUGUAAAUGCAUGAGAGAAUUGUUGCUAAUAUUGUUUUUCUAUUUCAAGAAGAGCCAAUUAAUGCGGGUCUUCAUAUAUAAAUUAUAUUUUGUAUCCCUGGCAGCCUCUUUGUCCACCCUCCCCUCAUUCUAAUUUGCAUUUGUUAAAAAGAAAUCAGUAGUUUUCCCCUAUUUCAGCCUGUUUGAUUUAAUUCUUUAUAUAAACCAACCACUCUUGCCUGAGCGUCCAAAUUGUGUAAUCUUUAAAAUAUAAUUACUGAGCUGUCACUGUCUGCGUCUGGUCUCCUAGUCUUCUUCCCUAAAAGACCGCCCGAGGUGUGUCAGUCUCAGCUUACCUCAAGCUGCCGGCCUUCUUCACCUGCUGUAGCAGACUCCCAUGGGAUAAAAUUUUGAACCCAAAUCUUCCUGAAUACCCCUUAAGUUUAUACCUUCUCUUACCGAUGUCUUUGUCUCCUCUGGUUUCUAGAGGGUCUAUCAUAGGUAACUGGAAUAAGGGCAGAUGAUGGCCCAGAAUCCAGUGGCCUUGUGCCAACUUCCACAUUGUACAGAAAUUAUAUAUACACAAUAAUAAAAAAUAUCUUCAUGAAAAUG